GGCCGAUGAAUGGAGGCGCCGGGGGGGAGCGCGCUAGCGGCGCAGGAUGGGGUCUGGCGGCGGUGUCAGCGAUGGCGGCGUGUGUGGGUUCUGGCGGCGGCUGUCGGGGCCGGAGGAGCGGCGGCUGCUGGAGCUGCUCGCCUACGGGCUGGUGGCGCUGGGUGCCGCCUCCGCCCUGCUGCUCCGCUUCGUCCCCAUGCCCUACGGCCGGUACUCCUCGCCGCGCUUCGGCCGGCCGCUGCCCGCCCGCCCCGCCUGGGCGCUGCAGGAGCUGCCCUCCCUCCUCGUCCCGCUCGGGCUGGCUGCCUGCGGCGGGGCGGCCGCCGCCGCCUGGCCCAACCGCCUCCUCCUGGGCUGCUUCGUCGUGCACUACGCGCACAGGGCGCUCAUAUUUCCUCUUCUGAUCCGGGAAGGAAAACCAACACCGUGUUUCACUUUUGUGCUAGCGCUUCUGUUCUGUGUUUACAAUGGGUACUUGCAAGGCCGAAGCUUAAGCAACUAUGCAGAAUACCCUUCAGGCUGGUUAAAAGAUCCACGUUUCAUUACAGGUUUUAUAGGGUGGUUGACUGGCAUGGCAAUCAAUAUUCAUUCUGAUCAUAUUCUCAGGAAUCUGAGAAAACCAGGGGAAAGCGGUUACAAGAUACCAAGAGGGGGAAUGUUUGAGUAUGUCAGUGGAGCCAACUUUUUUGGAGAGAUCCUGGAAUGGUUUGGGUUUGCCCUUGCCUGCUGCACCAUUGAAAGCCUUGCAUUUGCGUUGUGUACGCUUUUCAUCUUGGGUUCAAGGGCAAAACAACACCACCAAUGGUACCUUGAGAAAUUUGAAGACUACCCAAAGAACAGAAAAAUUGUGAUCCCAUUUGUGUACUGAGCUGUACUUUUAACACCGUUUUUGAAAUGGAUGUGUUUUGUAACAGCUAACACUUUACAGGUGUUGGCCGGUUAACAGCAUACUCUGAUCAUCACUGUGACAAAGCCUUUGCAUCAGUGCUGCUAUUAGUUACUGCUUUUCCUCUUAAUGAAAACCAGAAUCUGAUGGACAGGGUGAAUAGGAACAGAAAUGCUUUUCCAACAGUGGAGCACCAUCAUAAAUGCAUCAGGCACUGUCUGAAUUCACAUUGUGGAAAGUAUUGUACGGGACUUCUGGUACUUUCUUUUCUGCCUAUGCAGGCUUCUGCUGUUCCCACUCGAUCUAGCCAGACUGUGCUGAGGAUUGUGCCGUGAGCCCAGUCACUCUCACUGCAGUCUGGAUGGGGUGUUCUGCCUGUUAUUUGUCUGCAUGCACAAAAAAUGACUUUUUUGCCUUGCCUUCCUAAUCCUUUCUUCCCCCCACCUGCAUUUUCGGGAGAUCUGAUGAUGCAGACGAAGGACAUGAGAUGAGUAUAGCUGCUGUUAGGUGAGAGAGAGUGUUCUUCCUCCUCUUUGCACUCUUACACAGCAAUGGACAGUGGGUAGGUAAUACUUAAUGCCAUUUACAUUAACAGUUGUAGUGCUACCUUUCCCAAAUAAUAGAUUAAGAUUGUCAUCUACCUCUCAAAUUUGAUGACUAUCUCAAUAUUCAAUAUGUGUUUUCUCACUCAACCCUAUUUGUGGAAGGCAUUCUUUAUUUGCAAUACUUAGGCCAGUCUAUCACUGUUAACAAUUGUGUAAUGUUUUCUAACUUACUUUAUAAAAAAACCUUAAGAUUUUUACAAAAUUCUCUUACUAUGCUGUUUAAAAAAAAUCAAGUGUCUUCUUUUUUCUGUUGAGAACAGUCUAGAUUACUUUAUAUUCCGAAAAUCUGGAAUCUUUUAGUGCUCUCUGCUUUAUUAAUGUCAGUUCUCAUACACCCAUGUUUUUUUCCCAAAGGACUCCAGAAGGAUUUCAGAAACAUGAUGGCAUCCCAAGUGUACUGACUUUUGAGUUUCAGGCACAUCUGUGUCCUUUGCAUGCUUGUGGUAUUAAAGAAUUUUUUAGAAUAGCUGAAAAAAAAAAAAUCUAAGAAAUUCUACAGAAAACUUAAAAAAACCCCAAACACAGCAUGAACAAAAAACCCCCAAACCAACAACCAAAUAAUAAUUAAAAAACAAAACCCCAAACAAAUAAACAAAAAUCCCCAAACCUUCCCACAAAACCCAAAAACUCUGCUGCUAAUACUUUAGAAAUCAAUGGAAAUCAAACUUUUGCCAAGUGUCUUCUGAUCUGUUUACGCUGUAUAUGUUGGGUUAUGUUCUUCAAAACAAAUUGGUAAUAUAAUUUUGCCAGAUACUGAGUCUUCCAGUAUGGUUUUGCAGUAAGCUUUGUCUAGAGCUCAAAAUUCUGUCUUUGCUGUUGAGUUAUACUGCUGUAGUAAUCAAAGUCACAUAUCUGAUGAACUUUACCUUUAAAAUUUUAGAUAUUACUUUAAAGAUAGUACAUUCAGGAAAUGGGCAGUGAAAAAGGACUUUGUGACCCAAGCUUCUGCUUAACAGUUGUUUCUUCCUCCUCUCCUUCCUGCCAUGUUUAUACAGUCCUUACUGCACUGAAGUCUUGGCUAUCAUCAGUAAGGAUUUAUUCAGUGGUGUAAAGUGUAACAAAAAAUUCUAUCAUUAUUGACUGAAAUAGUCAAAGGAAGGAGGGGAGAGGAACUGGCAGUCCUACAGUGAUAACUUACCUACAGCUAAGCCCUUGGACUGUCAGUUCCUCCUCAUAGUGUUGACUGGGAUGACCGAUCCUGCUUUCAGCCGUUAUCCCGCAAGUCCAGCUUUGGGAGAACAUAGGAAUACCCGUUCCUUUGAUGCCAGUGUCAUUACUUGAUUCUGAAAUUGUUUAAUCCCUUCUUUAGUGUUGACAUCUUUUCUUAGUGUUUUACAGGAUGUUUGAGGAUUCCCCUGUUGUUUUUGUUAUCACACUAUAAUUUGACAUUUGAUCCUAGCUGUUUUGAUGAACACUAAGUCAUGAAGUUCCCUGGGGAGAGGAUGGUAGGGAGGAUGAUUUACUCCUCAGUGCUAAAGUGGAGUUAGUAGACAAUAAAAGUUCAAUAAGAUCACUUAAAGCAUUUUCUGAAGAGAAGUUUGGAAACCUGGUCUUAUAUAUCAAGAUAUUUCUAAACCCUAUAUCAAAUUCCUGUGGCAGUUUUUAAAAUCUUGGUAUCUAAAUCAUCCAGCUAUCAAAAUCUGUUUUAGGGGGAAAAAUACAGGAUUCAAAAAGCACUAUCUACUUGAGGUGUUUAAAUACUUGCAUAGUUUAUGGUGAAUUAAUAUCUUAUAUCUUUAGGGAUAUUUGUUAAAAAAUGACUAAUGGGACAACCAACCAAUAAAAAAGAUCUGGCUGUGGCACUUUAGUCUCUAAUCCAUCACCACUUUUUUUUUUUCCUUUUAUGAAAAGGCAAAGAUUCUCUUAGUAGUAAACAGCGAGAGAAACUGCUUAGUGUUCAGUUUGUCUCCUUAUGUUCAAGAGCUGUAGCUCUCUAGUCAGUAGUAUUUAUCAUAGUUUACAGAAAGUUUGUACUGAUGCCUCAGUUUUGCUCUGGUGCUAUGCUGCUAAGUAUUUAUCUUGACUAAAGGUUCAGCUGGUUUGCUCACAUAAUGUUCAUUUAUGGUCUACCUAUAGCAGGAUGGGGAUCUGAAACAUGAUGCUCUGACAGCUUAUCCAUGUUCUUUCUCUUGUUACAGAAAAGGAAAAGCUAAGGUCUAUGGGAUGUGAAUGUCUGUGUUUAGAAAUUGUAGUUAAUUGGAUUAUAAAGAAAGAAGAAAAAAGAACAGAGAAGAAGGUUUUGUUCUUUGUGUGUUUAUAUUUUGUGUUCUCAUUAUACUGCUGGAACCUUCCUUAAGUAAAGUACAAAUUUAUUUGAGGCAGUUCAUUAGAGUGCAAGUCUUACAAGGAGCGGCUGAGGGACCUGGGGUUGUUCAGCCUGGAGAAAAGGAGGCUGAGGGGAGACCUUAUCGCUCUCUGCAACUACCUGAAAGGAGGUUGUAACAAGGUGGGCACUGGUCUCUUCUAUCAAGUAAGAAGUGACAGGACAAGACGAAACGGCCUCGAGUUGUUCCAGGGCAGGUUUAGAUUGGAUAUUAGGAAAAAAAUUCGUCACCAAAAGGGUUGUCAAGCACUGCAACAGGCACUGCUUAGGGAAGUGGUUGAGUUACCAUCCCUGGAGGAUUUAAAAGAUGUGUAGAUGUGGUGCUUAGGGACAUGGUUUAGUGGUGGACUUGGCAGUGCUAGGUUCAUGGUUGCACUUGAUGAUCUUAAGGGUCUCUUCCAACCUAAACAAUUCUAUGAUUCUUGCAUUUCAAGACCAAGGUACACUGGUGAAAAGCAUAUGAUCAACUUGGUCAAAUGCUAGAACUGCCUUUUGUUUAAACAAUAUCCCAUUUAUUUGUCAUACUUCACUUGUGCUCUCUUUCCCUUUCAGCAGCUUUGACAGAAUUUUUCUGUUUGAAAAUAUGAUACUGAAAAAUUUUUCUUGCAGAUACAUAGUGUGAAAAUAAACUCUGUUCUGCCCAUUCCAGAAGGAGAAAACAUGUAUGCUUGUUAUUGGGUAUAAUAUCUGUAAUAACUGUUAACAGAGAUACUUCUCUUCAGACUGCCUAUAUCUUUCCCCUAAAUCCCCUACUAAUAAAAUAUGGUUUGCAGUGUC